AUGAAUACAACAUUAUCAAGCAGCGAUUGGUAUAGCACCUCAGUACGUUUACUAGUGGAAGAAUACGAUGUCAAGCAGUUUUUGAUCCUAACCAUCAGUGAAUUAAGAACAAGUAUACAGAACUACCUCUCAAAUACUCCAUGGCAGAACAUUUUGAAAGAUUAUUUGUACUUCACCUUCUGCUACAAACUACUAAGCAAGUUUCUCUACCUACUAAAGGUUUAUGGACCAAUAACAUUAGCCAAAAGAACAUAUGAACGUACUUCCAGAUCAAUAUUCCGUUGGUUGCUGGACUCGCCAUUUUUGAAGGGAACGGUGGAUAAAGAAGUUUCGAAAAUCAAGAGAUCAAUUGAAGAUGAACUUAUCAGAUCCGACUCACAACUUAUGAACUUCCCACAAUUACCAUCUGAUGGGAUACCUCAGGAUGAAGUUGUUGAAGAACUAAACAAAUUGAAUGACUUGAUACCACACACCCAGUGGAAGGAAGGUAAGGUCUCUGGUGCUGUUUACCAUGGUGGUGAUGAUUUGAUCCAUUUGCAAACGAUCGCAUACGAAAAAUACUGCGUCGCCAAUCAGCUACAUCCGGAUGUCUUUCCAGCUGUUCGUAAAAUGGAGUCCGAAGUGGUUUCAAUGGUUUUGAAAAUGUUUAAUGCUCCUGCUGAUACGGGUUGCGGUACAACAACGUCUGGUGGUACGGAGUCCUUACUUUUAGCAUGCUUAAGUGCUAAGAUGCACGCUUUGCAUCACCGUGGUAUUACUGAGCCGGAGAUUAUUGCUCCCAUAACUGCGCAUGCUGGGUUUGACAAGGCUGCGUACUACUUUAACAUGAAGCUACGUCAUGUCGAUUUAGACCCCACGACUUAUCAAGUGGACUUGAAAAAAGUAAAAAAAUUCAUCAAUAAGAACACCGUUUUACUGGUCGGUUCGGCCCCAAACUUUCCUCACGGUAUUGCUGAUGAUAUUGAAGGCCUAGGGAAAAUAGCGCAAAAGCAUAAGCUACCUUUACACGUCGACAGUUGUUUAGGUUCCUUUAUUGUUUCAUUCAUGGAAAAGGCAGGUUACAAAAAUGUACCAAGACUCGAUUUCAGAGUCCCAGGUGUUACAUCAAUAUCAUGUGACACUCACAAGUACGGGUUUGCACCAAAGGGUUCAUCAGUCAUAAUGUAUAGAAACAGCGAUUUGAGAAUGCAUCAAUACUACAUCAAUCCUACGUGGACAGGUGGGUUAUAUGGCUCUCCUACAUUAGCAGGGUCUAGACCAGGCGCCAUUGUUGUAGGCUGUUGGGCCACUAUGGUCAACAUGGGGGAAAAUGGUUACAUCGAAUCGUGCCAAGAAAUAGUAGGUGCUGCCAUGAAGUUUAAAAGAUUUAUCUUGAAAAACAUUCCGGAAUUGGAGAUCAUGGGUGACCCCAAAUACUCAGUGGUUUCGUUUUCAUCUAAGAGCCUGAACAUACACGAACUAUCCGAUAGGCUGGCCAAGAAAGGCUGGCACUUCAAUGCCCUACAAAAACCCGUCGCCCUACAUAUGGCCUUCACGAGACUAAGUGUGCACGUGGUAGAUGAGAUCUGCGAAGUUCUACGCACUACCGUGCAGGAACUAAAGAGCGAGUCUGACUCCAAACCAUCGCCGGAUGGAACCAGUGCUCUGUACGGUGUCGCCGGGAGCGUCAAGACUGCCGGCGUUGCAGACAAACUCAUUGUUGGAUUCUUGGACGCAUUAUAUAAGUUGGGCCCUGCAGAGAACGCCGACGCCAAAUAA